AUGAUGAUGCAACAGCAGCAACCACUUCACCCUCACCACCACCACCACAACCAGCUCGCCGCCCUUCUCUCCGCCGCCCUCCCCUCCGACGACAACACUCCCACUCCCUCCUCCGCCACCACCUCCGUCUCAUCGGUCGCGCUCCCAGACCCUUCCCCUCGCCUCGCCGCCAUCGCUUCCCUCCACCGCGCCAUCCUCUACCCUCACAACUCUCUCCUCGUUACUCACUCCGCUCACUUCCUCUCCCAAGGUCUCUCCCAACUUCUCUCCGACAAGUUGUAUGAGGUUCGGCAAGCGGCUGUUGUAGCGUACGGUGCACUAUGUGCAGUGAUCUGUUCGGUUCCCGUGACAUCAAACGGGAGACAGAAUCAUGUUAUACUUGGUGGUUUGGUUGACCGUUUCAUAGGUUGGGCGUUGCCCUUGUUGAGCAAUGUCAACGCCGUUGAUGGGACGAAGGAAUUGGCAUUGGAAGGUUUGCGUGAGUUUCUUAAUGUUGGGGAUAUUGGUGGAGCUGAGAGAUAUGCUUUGCCAAUUCUCAAAGCUUGUCAGGUGCUGCUUGAGGAUGAGAGAACUUCAUUGAGCUUGUUGCAUAGGCUUGUUGGGGUUAUCACUUUGAUAUCAUUAAAGUUCUUGAGGUGCUUUCAGCCUCAUUUCCCUGACAUUGUUGAUUUGCUUCUCGGUUGGGCGUUGGUGCCGGACCUCGCUGAUUCGGAUAGGAAGGUUAUUAUGGAUAGCUUCUUGCAGUUUCAGAAACAUUGGGUGGGUAGUUUGGCGAUGUCAUUGAGGUUGUUGACGAAGUUCUUGGGGGACAUGGAGGCGUUGCUCCAGGACUCCAGUCCUGGAACCCCGCCGCAGUUUAGGAGGCUGCUGGCCUUGCUGUCUUGCUUCUCGACGAUCCUGCAGGCUACGGCUUCCGGGUUACUGGAAAUGAAUCUUCUUGAACAGAUUAGUGAGCCUCUUGUAGGGAUGCUGCCGCGCCUGUUGAGAUGCUUGUCUCUAAUUGGGCAGAAGUUUGGAUGGGCAGAAUGGAUUGAAGAUUCUUGGAAGUGUUUGACACUUUUGGCGGAAAUAUUGCGGGAACGGUAUUCGAGUUUUUAUCCUCUUGCUGUUGAUAUAUUGUUUCAAAGCUUGAAAUUUGGGGCAGCUGCACAACGGGAAGGGUUUAGGAAUAUUACCUCUUUUCAGGUUCAUGGGGUUUUGAAAACAAAUCUUCAGUUGCUAUCACUGCAGAAGCUUGGCCUCCUCUCAUCAUCUGUGCGGAAGUUAUUGCAGUUUGAUGCACCAAUUUCUCAUGUGAGGUUGCAUCCAAAUCAUUUGGUAACUGGAAGUGCUGCUGCUACUUAUAUUUUCUUGCUUCAACAUGGGAAUAAAGAAGUUGUUGAUGAAGCAGUCACCUCGUUGAUCAAUGAGCUGGAACUGUUAAAGGGUGUGAUAGAGGAAAACACUGAUUAUUCUGAUCAAUUCAAUUAUGUUAUAUCGUCUAAAACACUAUCAAAAGUUGAACUAUUUGCAAUAAUCAAGUUUGAUUUGAAAGUUCUGUUAGCAUGUGUGUCUUUAGGUGGGGAUAACAGUUUGGUUGGCCAAACAGAAACCACUACGUUGUAUAUUAGGAGGUUAGAAAAGUUGGUGUCCUUUAUUAUGAAAAAGAUGAAUCCUUUUGAAUCACCUAUUCAGGUAUUCAUGGAGUUGCAAUUGGCUGUUUUCAGAACAUUGGAGAGGCUAACAUCAGUUGAGUUCAUAAUUAAUUGCUCCAUAAGAGAACAUAAUUAUGACAAAGUUGCAAUCGAGAAGGGUGACGAUAAAGCUUGUGAUGGGCUUUCGGCUGUGACUUCCGAGCAUUUAGGAAAGUACAGCAUACUUCUUAUAAAAGCUCUUCAUGUUUCAACUCCUCUAGCAGUAAAAUUAGUGGCUCUUGAUUGGGUACAAAGGUUCUGUGAGAAUGUUAUCGCUGUAAACAAGAUCUCAAGCUCAAAAGUACUCUCCUAUGGAAUAUGUGGACAUACCGGUGUAAUUAUGAAUGUAGUUUUCUCACUUUUAGUUACUACGAUUGAGAGGGAACCAGAAGUAAGAUCACAUGUUGCUGUAACUUUGGAGAUGUUAAUGCAAGCAAAGCUUUUAAACCCUGUAUGUUCAUAUCCCUUAGCUGAAGCAAUAUUGGAGAAACUUGGUGAUCCAGAUAUAGAUAUACGGGAAGCAUAUGUGAGGCUGCUUGCAUGUAUUUUGCCUACAACUGUUUAUUCAUGUGGUCUCUAUGAUUUUGGGAGAUUUAAGCCUGUUGACCUUGUGUUAGGAAACAGUUCUAAGAUGCACUGGAAACAAUUAUUUGCACUUAAGCAGCUGCCGCUGCAUUUACACUCACAACAGCUUGUGACAAUCUUAAGUUACAUUUCACAAAGAUGGAAGUCCCCUCUGUCUUCUUGGAUUCAGCGGCUAAUUCAUAGUUGCCGGAGUUCUAAGGAUGCUAUUUCCAGUCAGCCUGAAGAAACAGGAAAUGUUGGUUCAAAUUCUCCAUGGUUGGAUAUACAAGUGGAUGAAGACAUACUUGAAAGAAUCUGUGCUGUCAAUAAUUUAGCUGGUGCCUGGUGGGCUGUUCAAGAAGCAGCUCGGUACUGUAUUGCAACACGGCUUCGGACUAAUCUUGGUGGGCCUACCCAAACAUUUGCUGCUCUUGAACGCAUGCUCUUGGACAUUGCACACCUUUUACAGCUCGACAAUGAACAAAAUGAUGGGAACUUAAGUAUGAUCGGGUCUUCUGGUGCUCAUUUGUUACCAAUGAGACUGCUGUUGGAUUUUGUUGAGGCUCUAAAGAAAUAUGUAUACAAUGCAUAUGAGGGUUCUGUCAUUUUACCACCUGCAACUCGUCAGAGUUCUUUAUUCUUUCGAGCAAACAAAAAAGUAUGUGAGGAUUGGUUUUCUCGUAUAUGUGAACCAAUGAUGAAUGCUGGAUUGGCUUUGCAUUGCAAUGAUGCUGUUAUUCAAUACUGCACGCAUCGCUUGCAGGAGUUCAAGAAUCUCACCAUGUCAUAUGUGAAGGAAAAAUCGAGGCCUUCAGUGACUGAUACCCACAAUAUUAGAGGCAGGUACAGAGCAGAUAUCUUAAAAGUUUUAAGACAUCUUUCAUUUGCCCUUUGCAAGAAUUCUGAACCAGAUUCUUUGACCGGCUUACGAAAAUGGGUGUCAAUUACUUUCUCCUCCAUACUUGGUGAGGAAAAUCAAUCCUUCAACGAGUAUGGAACUGUUGGACCCCUCUCAUGGAUAAGUGGGCUUGUAUAUCAGGCAAGAGGAGAGUAUGAAAAUGCUGCUGCUCACUUCACUCACAUGCUACAAACUGAAGAGUCACUCAGUACCCUUGGUUCGGAUGGUAUACAGUUUGUUAUUUCACGUGUGAUUGAGAGUUAUGUAGCUGUAUGUGACUGGAAAUCUCUUGAGACCUGGCUACUAGAGCUGCAAAUGCUUCGUGCUAAGCAUGCUGGUAAAGGUUAUUCUGGUGCUCUGACAAUGGCAGGCAAUGAAGUUAAUGCAAUCCAUGCAUUAGCACGUUUUGACGAGGGUGAUUAUCAGGGUGCUUGGUCAUGCCUUGAUUUGACGCCUAAAAGUAACAGUGAGCUGACCCUUGACCCAAAAAUAGCCUUGCAGCGGAGUGAACAAAUGCUUUUACAAUCACUGCUUNAUGAUUUGCAAAAGGCAAGGUCAAUGUUGGAGGAAUCACUUUCUGUUCUGCCAUUUGAUGGGUUAGUUGAAGCGACCCCUCUUGCCAUUCAGCUGCAUUGCAUUUUCCUAUUAGAAGAGGAUUGCAAGCUUAAAUCAACCCCUGAGAAGGGAAAACAACUUCAAUCAGUAUUAAAUUCUCUUCAGCCGGUGUCAUCUAUUAGUAAUAUCCGUCAAGAUUGUAAUCCAUGGCUGAAAGUUCUACGUGUUUAUCAAAACAUUUCCCCGACUUCUCCAGUUACUCUAAAAUUCUGCAUGAAUUUGCUAAAUUUAGCUCGUAAACAGAGAAACCUCUUGUUGGCAAAUCGUCUGAAUUGCUAUCUCAAAGAUCAUGUAGCUGUUUGCUCUGAGGAGAGGCAACGUGAUCUUCUUGUCUUAAAUUUGCAGUAUGAGAGCAUUUUACUUUUGCAUGCUGAAAACAAAUUUGAAGAAGCCAUAACAAACCUUUGGUCAUUAUUGCUUCCUUGCAUGGUUUCUUCGGCAUCUAGAAUAUCUGAAGCUGAUGAGAGAAUUCUGAAGGCCAAAGCAUGCUUGAAACUCUCAGAUUGGUUAAGACGGGAUUAUUCAGAUUGGAGUCCAGAGAGUAUCGUUCUUAAGGUGCCAGCAGAUUUUUAUAAUGCUGAAUCAGUUUCACCAACCAAAGGCAGUAGUGAAGAACAUACCAAUCGUCAACAAUAUCUGGGUCUCGUUACCGAGGAAAUUAUUGGUACAGCAACAAAAUUUUCUACUCGUAUUUGCCCCACCAUGGGCAAGUCAUGGAUUUCCUAUGCUUCUUGGUGCUUUAACCAAGCCAAAGAGUCACUCCUUGGUCAAAGCGAAACUACUCUCCAUGCAUGCUUGUUUUCUCCCAUACUUGCUCCUGAAAUCUCACCAGAGAGAUUCAAGUUGACUGGAGAUGAGGUGCAAAGAGUUAAAUCGUUGGUUGUGAGUCUUUUUCAGGGAAAUGGUGACAUGAAAGGUCUCAUAGAUCAAUUGGAAGAGGGAAGUCUUUUGCUUGAUUCAGCAGAGCGCAGAAGUAAUGGCAAUCCUCUGUUGACACUGGUUUGGAACAUGGUGAAUAUUAUUGAAACUGCUGCAGGAGCACCAGGUGCAGAAAACUCUGGUGGUGAACGUCUUUCUGCUGUGUUAUCUUCUCAAUUGAGGAUCUGUUUGCUGCAUGCAAAUCUUGGACUGGAAGAAUCUGACAUAAUAUCUGUAUUGGAAGACAUAAUUGACAUUUGGUGGUCUUUGAGGAGGAGAAGAGUAUCCCUGUUUGGACACGCAGCUCAUGGUUACAUGCAGUAUCUUUCAUUUUCAUCUUCGCAAAUUUCCCAUUGUCGGAUGCGUGGUUCUGAUUAUGAACCUGUGAAGGAUAAAGUUGGCAGCUACACCCUGAGGGCUACACUCUAUAUAUUGCAUAUACUUCUUAAUUAUGGAGUGGAAUUGAAAGAUACUUUAGAGUCUGCUCUUUCAAUUGUUCCUUUGUUGCCAUGGCAGGAAGUUACCCCUCAACUAUUUGCAAGGAUAAGCUCUCAUCAUGAACAAGUUGUACGGAAGCAGCUGGAAGGUUUACUGAUGAUGUUGGCCAAGCAAUCACCUUGUUCCAUAGUGUAUCCAACACUAGUUGAUGUUAAUGCUUACGACGGAAAACCUUCAGAAGAGCUUCAUCAUGUGCUGGGUUGUCUGAGGGAACUUUACCCUAGGUUGGUUCAGGAUGUUCAGCUGAUGAUAAAUGAACUUGGAAAUGUUACUGUUCUCUGGGAGGAAUUAUGGCUCAGCACUCUUCAGGAUCUUCACACAGAUGUGAUGAGGCGAAUAAAUGUGCUGAAAGAGGAGGCUGCAAGAAUUGCAGAAAAUGUCACGCUUAGUCAGAAUGAGAAAAACAAGAUAAAUUCUGCACGUUAUUCUGCAAUGAUGGCUCCAAUAGUUGUCGCACUGGAACGCCGUUUAGCUUCAACUUCCCGAAAACCCGGGACUCCUCAUGAAGCAUGGUUCCAGGAAGAGUAUACAGAUCAAUUAAAAUCAGCUAUUGUAUCCUUUAAGACACCUCCAGCUUCUUCUGCGGCUUUAGGAGAUGUAUGGCGACCUUUUGAUAGUAUUGCCGCAUCCUUGGCUUCAUACCAGAGGAAGUCUUCAGUUUCCUUACAGGAAGUUGCACCUCACUUGGCGAUGUUAUCAUCUUCCGACGUUCCAAUGCCAGGUCUUGAAAAACAAAUGAAAAUUCCAGAGUCUAACAAAGCAACUGAUCUCCAAGGUGCUGUUACAAUUGCUUCUUUCCAUGAACAAGUCACCAUCUUAUCAACAAAGACCAAGCCUAAGAAACUUGGUAUACUUGGUUCAGAUGGUCAGAAGUAUACAUAUCUUCUUAAAGGACGAGAAGAUUUACGCCUUGAUGCUAGAAUUAUGCAACUACUGCAGGCUAUAAAUGGUUUUCUACAUUCUUCUUCUUCUACAUAUAGUAACUCUCUCGGUAUUCGCUAUUAUUCUGUAACUCCAAUCAGUGGGCGGGCUGGCUUGAUCCAGUGGGUGGAUAAUGUAAUAAGUAUAUACAGCGUAUUUAAAUCUUGGCAAACUCGUGUCCAGCUAGCACAGUUUUCAGCAGUAGGCACAGCAAAUACAAAAUCCUCAGCUCCUCCACCUGUUCCCCGUCCCAGUGAUAUGUUUUAUGGGAAGAUCAUACCAGCACUUAAAGAGAAAGGUAUUAAGAGAGUGAUUUCUAGAAGGGAUUGGCCUCAUGAAGUAAAAUGUAAAGUUCUUCUUGAUCUCAUGAAGGAGGUGCCAAGACAUCUUCUUUACCAAGAGCUAUGGUGUUCUAGCGAAGGAUAUAAAGCGUUCAGCUCCAAGAUGAAGAGGUAUUCUUGUAGUGUUGCUGCAAUGAGUAUGGUUGGUCAUGUUUUGGGACUUGGCGACAGACAUUUAGACAACAUUCUGAUAGAUUUUUGUAGCGGGGAUGUUGUACAUAUUGAUUACAAUGUGUGUUUUGAUAAGGGACAGAGAUUGAAAGUUCCAGAGAUUGUUCCAUUCCGCCUUACCCAAAUGAUCGAAGCAGCUUUAGGGAUGACUGGAAUAGAAGGUAGCUUCAGAGCAAACUGUGAGAGAGUUGUGGGAACUUUAAGGAAGAACAAAGACAUACUUCUGAUGUUAUUAGAAGUGUUUGUUUGGGACCCACUUGUGGAGUGGACAAGGGGUGAUUUUCAUGACGAAGCUGCUAUUGGCGGUGAAGAAAGAAAAGGCAUGGAGUUGGCUGUCAGCUUGAGUCUAUUUGCAUCUCGAGUGCAGGAAAUUCGAGUUCCCUUACAGGAGCACCAUGAUCAGUUGUUGACCAAUCUGCCAGCUGUUGAAUCUGCACUCGAGAGGUUUGCUGAUGUUCUAAAUCACUACGAGCUUACCUCUACUCUAUACUGUCGAGCUGAUCAGGAGAGAUCUAGCCUUAUACUGCAUGAGACUUCAGCUAAGUCAAUUGUUGCUGAAGCAACCUGCAGUUUAGAGAAAAUUCGAGCUUCGUUUGAAAUUCAGGCACGGGAAUUUGCUCAAGCAAAGGCAAUGGUUGUAGAGAAAGCUCAGGAGGCAAUGACUUGGGCUGAGCAGCAUGGAAGAGUUCUUGAUGCUUUACGAUGUGAUUUAUUGCCAGAAAUAAGUACUCGCUUUAAGCUGAGUAACAUGGAAGUAGGCUUAUCUCUUACAUCUGCAGUAACUGUAGCAGGCGUUCCUCUAACUGUUGUUCCUGAGCCCACUCAAGUACAAUGCUAUGAUAUAGACAGGGAAGUAUCUCAAUUCAUAGCUGAGUUGGAUGAUGGACUUACUUCUGCUGUAACUUCUCUGCAAGCAUAUUCCUUGGCUCUGCAAAGAAUUCUACCAUUAAAUUAUCUUUCAACAAGCGCAGUCCAUAGCUGGGCACAAGUUCUGCAACUAUCUAUCAAUACCCUGUCAUCUGAGAUUCUCUCCCUUGCCAGAAGGCAGGCUUCUGAACUUUUGGCAAAAUUCCAUGGAGAUAGCACGGAUUCCGUCAAAAGCAAUCAUGAUGAACUUUGUUUCAGGGUGGAGAAGUAUGCUGUAGAAAUAGAAAAAUUGGAAAAAGAGUGUGCUGAGGUAGAGAGUUCUAUUGGCUUGGAGUCAGAAUUGAAAACUAAGGAUCACCUGUUGUCAGCUUUUAUGAAACUUAUGCACUCCGCUGGUAUUUUACGAAAGGAAGGCGGAUUACCAACUGCUCAAUCAAGACAAGAUGGGGCAAACAAUACUAGACUUUUAGGUGAACUAGGAGAGGAGAAGGAGAAUGCACUAUCAAUUCUGAAUAUUGCUACAAGUUCACUUUAUGCUCAGGUUAAGCAUAGAAUACUCAAUAUAUAUGGUGACUUAUCCGGGGGACGAAAUCAACACAACAUGUUGCAGACUGACAAUGGAACUACUUUUGCCGAGUUUGAAGAACAAGUUGAAAAAUGUAAUCUUCUGACAGAAUUUUUCAAAGAUUUGUGGCAAUUUAUUGGAAAGGAGAUCCCUUCUGCUGAUGCCAACAAAUUUCAUUUGAAAUUUUCUUCUGACAGUAAUUGGGUCUCAAUUUUCAAAGCCAUUUUGAUUUCCUGUAAGGAAUUGAUUAGUCAAAUGACUGAAGUUGUUCUGCCAGAGGUAAUACGAUCUGCUGUCUCAAUAAACUCGGAAGUUAUGGAUGCAUUUGGGUUAAUCUCACAAGUUCGAGGGUCUAUAGAAACUGCAGUGGAGCAGCUUGUGGAGGUCGAAAUGGAGAGAGCAUCACUGGUUGAGCUUGAGCAGAACUAUUUUGUUAAGGUCGGUCUUAUUACUGAACAGCAACUGGCUCUUGAAGAAGCUGCGGUUAAGGGAAGAGAUCAUCUUUCUUGGGAAGAGGCAGAGGAACUUGCAUCGCAAGAGGAAGCUUGUAGAGCACAACUGGAUCAACUUCAUCAAACUUGGAAUCAGAGGGAUGUAAGGACUUCUUCUCUUAUGAAGAGAGAAGCUGAUAUAAAAAAUGCCUUAGAUUCCGUGAAUCGUCAAUUUCAGUCUCUUGUUGGUAUGGGAGAAGAAAGGGAACUACAUAUUUUGAGAAGCAAAGCACUAUUGGCUGCACUUGUUAGGCCCUUCAUGGAAUUGGAAUCCAGUGAUAAGAUGCUGUCUCUGGUUGAUGUUUCUGUUACAAUGACCUCAAGUAAAUUUCAUACUCUGGCAGAUUUGAUAAAUUCUGGAAAUUCUAUAUCAGAGUAUGUCUGGAAGGUUGGAGGCUUAUUGGAUGACCAUUCCUUCUUUAUUUGGAAAAUAGGUGUUAUGGAUUCUUUUCUUGACACAUGCAUACAUGAUGUAGCUUCCUCAGUUGAGCAAAAUCUUGGCUUUGACCAGUCACUAAACUUCAUGAAGAAGAAACUUGAAAUCCAACUACAGAAACACAUUGGUCACUAUUUGAUAGAAAGGGUUGCUCCUAGUUUCCUGGCUUGUUUGGACAAAGAAGACGAGCACUUGAAGCAAUUAACAGAGUCAUCAAAGGAACUUGCUUUAGAUCCAAUGAAAAAAGGUGCACCUGUGAAAAAGGUUUUGGUUAUGCUUGAAGAAUACUGUAAUGCACAUGAAACUGCUAGAGCAGCAAAAUCAGCUGCAUCUCUCAUGAAAAGACAAGUGAAUGACUUGAAAGAAGCUCUUAGGAAGACCGCCCUUGAGGUAGUUCAGAUGGAAUGGAUGCAUGAUGUUAAUUUGAACCCAUCUUAUAGCAGAAGAAUCAGAUUUGAGAAAUAUCUAGAUACCGAUGACAGCUUGUAUGCAAUCAUUUUAAACCUCAGCAGAUCUAAAUUAUUGGAAAAUAUACAGUCUUCUGUUUCGAAAAUCAUGAGGUCAGUUGAUUGCCUUCAGACCAGUGAACGGGCUUCCCUUGUAGCUGAAGGACAGCUUGAAAGAGCAAUGAGUUGGGCUUGUGGUGGUCCAAAUUCUAGUACUUCUGGAAACACAUCUACUAAAAAUUCAGGAAUUCCUCCUGAGUUUCAUGAACAUAUUACGGCCCGGAGGCAGAUCUUAUGGGAAUUUAAAGAAAAGGCAUCUAACAUUGUAAAGUUAUGUAUGUCUGUAUUAGAGUUUGAAGCAUCAAGAGAUGGGUAUUUGCUUAUACCUGGCCAGCCAUACCCUUUCAGGAGUGGUGUUGAUGGAAAAACAUGGCAGCAGGUGUACUUGAAUUCUCUUACAAGAUUGGAUGUUACUUUCCAUUCUUAUACACGUUCUGAACAAGAGUGGAAGCUUGCACAAGGCACUAUGGAAGCUGCUUCUAAGGGAUUAUACACUGCAACUAAUGAACUCUGUGUUGCCUCUCUGAAAGCAAAGUCAGCUUCGGGUGAUUUACAAAGCACUGUUCUUUCAAUGAGGGAUUGUGCAUAUGAGGCUAGUGUUGCACUGUCUGCUUUUGCUCGGGUUUCAAGGAUCCAUACUGCUUUGACUUCUGAAUGUGGUUCUAUGCUUGAGGAGGUUCUAGCAAUAACUGAAGAUAUACAUGAUGUCUUCAAUCUGGGGAAAGAGGCUGCUGCUAUACAUCUUUCUCUAAUGGAAGAUCUGUCAAAGGCAAAUGCCACACUUCUUCCACUUGAAUCAGUGUUGUCCAAGGAUGUAGCUGCUAUGACUGAUUCAAGCUAUAUACCAAUCUUACUGUUCAAGAAUCAGAGAGGCUUGUCAGAACUUUAAGCCUUUGGUGCCAUCCCUGACAUCAGCUGUGAAGGGACUCUAUUCAUUGUUGAAUAGACUGGCAAGGACUGCUAGUCUUCAUGCUGGCAAUCUGCACAAAGCUCUUGAAGGAAUAGGAGAAAGUGAGGAAGUGAAAUCACAGGAUGUUACUUUGUCAAGAUCAGAUGGUGGUGGUGGGGAUGCUGUCGAAUUUGAUGGCAAAGAAGGGGAGAGUCUUUCAGGUUCCGAUGUUUGGGACGACAAAGAUUCUAGUGAAUUUUCUCAAAUUUCUUUGGAAGAUAAAGGAUGGUUAUCGCCACCAGAUAGCAUCUGUUCUAGCAGCUCAGAAUCUGACAUUACCUCAGCUGAAGUUAGUCUCCCUGAUAGCUUCAAUGAUUCUGCAGAAAAUAAAGACCUGCUUUCGCAGGGAUCUAAUAGCGGAAACCCGUCUGGUUUUGUACAUUCUACUCCACUGUCUCCAACUGAUAUUGAAGAAGUAUCUCCUUUUGCUAUAGCUUUGCCAAGUGACAAAUCAGUUGCCUUACCUGAUGGCUCCCAGAAUCCAUCAAGUGAGAACUUACGAAAGUCUGAGGGUGAGGAUGAACUGGUCUCCACCAGUAAAGCUAAGAAUGAAGCUGAACAACGAGAAGCUCCUGAUCCUAACACGAAUCCCAGUAGUCGAGUAGGAAGGGGUAAAAAUGCUUAUGCAUUGUCAGUACUGAGGCGGGUUGAGAUGAAAAUUGAUGGUCGAGAUAUUUCUGAUAAGAGAGAAAUGGGUAUCUCAGAGCAAGUAGAUUAUCUGCUCAAGCAAGCUACUAGUGUAGAUAAUCUAUGCAACAUGUAUGAAGGUUGGACACCAUGGAUUUGAAGUUUCACAGAGACUAGAGCGUCUUACAUUCGAAUCCCAUCAGGUUGGCCAUGGCGAGGAAUAGCCGAAUAGGCCCUUUUGGCCUGCCACUAUUUCCUUGUGAUAAGGGGGCCACCACAGUGAUGGUUUUGCAGGUCAAAUUUGUCUGGCACAACCACGUAAUCGAAAAUCUGCCAUUGGCAUUGAUUACUACUGCUAUUUAUCCAUGGCCUCUCUGUAUUCUGUUAAAGCCUUUGCCAUUCAAUUUGGCUGCUGCAUUUUCCGGGCAGAGUUUUCAUUUCACAACUUGCAUGUGCCAUUCAUGCAUGCCACAAAGAAGUUCAAGGCUCAAAGUUGGUCUAAUGGGAGAUGAGAAAGGAUCACUAAUUCACCAUGCCUGCUCUUCUGUUAAACGUCUCAUACUCGAAUCGCCGUAUUGAUCGGCGACUACAUUUCGGAUCCUUAGCUCUUCAAGGCUGAAAGAAUACAAAGGACUGCUGCAUUGCCUAGUGAUUGAGGAGUAUUUUUAUCCAUGCUGCAUGUUUCUGAGUAGCUGGAUUAUGCAAUGCACUGGUUCUAGCUGGAGCUAUGGUGUACAUAUACAUACAUGUAUCAUUUAGAAUUUAGAUGUAGAGGUUAAGCUUCACAAUGCUGGUGUAUUCAUUGUUCACUGGGCGAUACAUUAUUCUAUGUUUUAGUAACUUGCAUCAGUUAUUAUUAUUAUUAGAGUGAAAUCUCACUCCGACCCUAACAAUUUCACUAAA